AUAAUAAGGUAGACGGGUUCUGCUCUUAGCACGUGGCGGAGGGGAGGGGACAAUCUCGCGAUAUUUCCUCCGGGGUGAUACGUUGAUGUGAUUGUAACAUGGCGGCCUCCUGUGUGUACGUAUACAAGGCAUGAGUUUUUGUUGAUUCGUUUUACAGGGCCUUGGUGGGUGAAAAUUUUCGAAACAUUUUGGAAGGCUUCGUUUUAGCGAAGAAGGACCGAAUUUCAGCCACCGCUGAUUUAUACAAUAGACGCAAGAACAGGGAAGCAACAGCUGCCAGUGACCCGAGGUGCUGUGAUGUCCCCGGUCUCCCGUAGACUUGGCCAACCGCACAGACGGAGGAAACACUACCCCAGUAGCACCUACCACACCAACGUUUGACUAACAUCGUGUUUUGGGGGUGGGAACAAUCGAGUCAUCAUCAUCAGACCGCAACGACAGGUUGCUCAUCUUGGGGAAUCCUUUGCGUUGCGAAGCGAGGUGGCAUGUCGGCAGCCGAGCGGUGCAGUGACGGCGGUGGAGUAUCGGUGUCUGGACAAGAGGCAGAGGGAGACGGAGAGCCACCCAACGAGUUUCCAUCACCAUCCCAAGACGCCGGAGCUCAGGCGAGUGAACUUGACUUGAUGGGGCUCGAAGAGGAGGUACCCCCUGCUGCCAAACAGCCACGAUUGGAUAACGACGGGAUGGCUUUGAAUUUAGACAUCAGCAAAACGCCAGCAUGCCUGCAAGAAGAGGGACACCAGAACCAUGCCUCAUCACUUUACUUACACACAGAUGGCGCUCAUCCUAGUGACCUGGAACGGAUAGAUGGAGGAGAAACGGGGGCAGUAGCAGCAGGUGGAGGAGGAGGAGCAGGAGAAGGUGGAGGAGGAGGAGCAGUAGAGGUGGAGUGGCAGCAGAACGGAGCCGAUGAGGAGGCUCCUGUAGCAGCAGGUGGAGGAGGAGGAGGAGGAGCAGAAGAGGUAGAGGUAGAGGUGGAGUGGCAGCAGAACGGAGCCGAUGAGGAGGCUCCUGUGGCAGUGGAGGAUCAAGGGAAUGACUCAAACGACGCCGACUGUUCUGAAUGUACUCCUACAGAACAACAACAACACCUGGGUCUUGAUUUCAACCAGAACCCCCAAAUGUUGACAGGGUCUUGGGCGGAGUACACGACCUCCGCAGAGAACUACCUCAAAGGCUGCAAGUGGGCGCCCGAUGGCUCCUGUGUGCUGUCCAACAGUGCAGAUAAUAUACUGCGGGUCUACAACCUCCCUCCUGAGCUCUACAGCAACAACUGGGACCUGCUCACGGAGAUGAGUCCAGUGCUGCGGAUGUCAGAGGGCGACACCAUCUAUGACUACUGCUGGUUCCCCAAGAUGAGUUCACUGGACCCAGACACGUGUUUCAUUGCAAGCAGUAGUCGUGACAACCCGGUGCACAUUUGGGACGCCUUCUACGGUGACCUCCGUGCGACCUUCAGGCCAUACAACCACCUGGACGAGCUGACGGCCGCCCACUCGCUCUGCUUCUCCCCCGACGGCUGCCAGCUCUACUGCGGCUUUGACAAGAUGGUGCGCAUCUUCCACACUGACCGCCCUGGCCGAGACUGCGAGGAGAGACCUACUACUGUGAAGAAGCAGGGCCAGGGUGGCAUCGUCUCCUGCAUGGCGUUCAGCCCGUGCCAGUCCCUUUAUGCGUGCGGCUCUUACUCGCGCACCGUUGGAGUCUACUCGUGCGAGGACGGCGAGCUGCUCGCACUGCUGCCCCCGCGCCACCAGGGCGGGAUCACGCACCUGCUCUUUGCGCCUGAUGGACACCACCUCUACACAGGGGCCCGCAAGGACAAGGAGAUUCUUUGUUGGGAUCUGAGAAAUCCAGGUCGGGUUCUGUUCUCCAUCCACAGGAGUGUAAACACCAACCAGCGCAUCUACUUUGACCUGGAUCCAACCGGCAGGUACCUGCUGAGUGGUGAUACUGAUGGAAUGAUGUCAGUGUGGGACACCCUCACAGCACCCCCGGAUGGCCAGGAGGAGGUACUGCAGCCUCAUCUCCAGUUCCGAGCACACAGGGACUGUGCCAACGGCAUGAGUGUCCAUCCUUUCAUGCCCCUGCUGGUGACGUCCAGUGGCCAGCGCCACUUCCUGUGUCCGGGGGGGCACAGCGACAGCGACUCAGGCUCUGACUCAGACGAAGACGACAACAACGGGGUGAUGCCGUCAUCGUCGUCAUCUGAUGGCACGGCCCUCCCACGAGACAACGCCCUCACCAUCUGGUGGUCUGGGCCGCUGGCGUCCGUUGCUGAGGCAGGAGGCGGAGCUGAACCGGACCAACCAGCAAGGGUCAACUGACAGACUUGUCCCACCCCCACCCCCCAACACCCUCCACUAAUGUACUUAACCAAACAUCUCCACUGCCAUUUUCAAAAGUGAUUUAAAUCUAUCUGCUGGGUCAGGGGAAGUAACGUGUGCUUUACUCUUAAACUCAUAAAAGGCCAACCUGCCAAACUAUUUCCUCUACUUUUUUGUGGAUUGAUGAUACAUUGAUAUGAACUUUGUUAAACUAUUUUCUUUUAACAUAUAUGUAUAUUAAAUUGACAGAAUAGACUCUUGAGAAAUGUCUUAUGGAGGAGACGUGUCUUUCAUAAGGUCCUUUGUGAGUGUAACAGUGUGAGUGUCAAGUGUUUUUUUUUAUUUUUUUAUUUUUUUUUUAAU